UGGACAAAAUUAGCCCCAUCACUAACAUUUGAGAGUUGAGACGACGAAUAUAUUGAAUUAUUGUCUGCUUUUUCGGCAAAGUUUAAUACAGUAUAAAUCAACUCAAAACCCCAUUACUAUAGGAAAACACUUCAAUUUUCUGGGUUUCUUACAUUCUUCGGAAUUAUAAUUCCAUUAAAAAAUGGCGAAUAAUUCCAAUCACAGCGAAAUUCAUGCUCUUCAAUCAAUCUGCUACAAGCGUGGUUCACUUCAGCUUCUCGAUCAGAGGAAGCUUCCUUUGGAAACUGUCUACUUGGAUAUUAAAAAUGCUUCUGAUGGAUGGUUUGCAAUUAAAGAAAUGGUGGUUCGUGGAGCACCAGCAAUUGCAAUUGCAGCUGCCCUCUCUCUGGCCGUGGAAGCUGUUAACUUAGAAAAAUUCCAAGGGACUGCUGAUGAUGCUGUUUCAUUUCUUGCACAGAAAUUGGAUUAUUUAGUCUCUAGCCGUCCAACUGCUGUAAACCUUUCGGAUGCUGCCACAAAACUUAAAGAAAUCAUUGUCAAAGCUGCUUCCACGAGUUCAGAAGCAAAUGUUGUAUUUCAGGCUUACAUAGAAGCUGCUGAAAUAAUGCUUGAGGAUGAUGUUGCCUCAAACAAAGCAAUUGGUUCUUAUGGAGCUAGUUGCUUUGAAAGUCAGUUGAAAGAUGCUAAGAAAAUAUCCAUAUUGACUCAUUGCAACUCUGGGAGCCUUGCAACCGCUGGAUAUGGUACUGCAUUGGGGGUAAUUCGUGCAGUCCAUGCCCAAGGAAUCCUUGAGAAGGCCUAUUGCACAGAGACUCGGCCAUUCAACCAAGUAAGUUCAUGUGAUGUACCACACUCAAAAUGUGAGAAAUAUGUGAGCAUCCAGCAAAUUAUGUCAAGCCUAAUAGCACAGUAUGAAGUAGUGAGGAAAACUCAGUUUCUCCAUGAAGGUUGCUCCUAUGCUCAAGUCAGAGAAGAGUCAAAGCAAGUAGUUCGAUUUUCAUUAUGUCAUUUCACAAUUGUUAGGCUCUUGUGUCUAUUGCCCCCCCCCCCACCCCGCGGUUUAUAUGGUCCCACCCAUUUUCUCCCAGCUACGCUGAUAGCAGAUUCUGCAGCAGCAGCCUUGAUGAAGGCUGGACGUGUUCAAGGAGUCAUUGUAGGAGCAGAUCGUGUGGCUGCGAAUGGAGAUACUGCCAAUAAAAUUGGAACUUACAGCCUUGCUGUGUGUGCAAAGCAUCAUGGUAUUCCAUUUUAUGUUGCUGCACCUCUUACUUCAGUCGAUUUGUCCUUGCCUUCUGGAGAAUCCAUUAUCAUUGAGGAAAGAUCCCCAAAGGAAUUAUUGAAUUCUCGUGGAGGACUUGGAGAGCAAGUUGCUGCAUCUGGAAUCUCUGUUUGGAAUCCAGCCUUUGAUGUUACUCCAGCAAAUUUAAUAUCUGGUAUCAUCACAGAAAAGGGUGUAAUUACAAAAAGCAAGGACGAGGAUUUUGACAUCAGAGGUUUUGUGCAAAAAAUGAUAGCCCAAUGAGAAUUUUUGGAGACCAGAGCCAGCUGCUAGUUAGAAGGAGCUGUGAGAAACGAUAUAUUGAAUAGGUUUGUAACCCUGAUACUUUUUCUCAUAAGGAGUAAUAUCCAUUUUCCCAAAAAUGGAAAUAAUUGCAUCAUAA